UCAUGAGCCACUACCUUAAUUUUUUCAUUCUUUCCUUUCACUUUUUUCUUUCUCGUAAGUAAACCAAGAAUAUUAUUGAAACAGAUAAUGCAGAAAGAACCACAGUUGCGUGAUGAUAAAAAUGACCACAAUAAUACUGAAUUACCAUUGUGUUGUAUCACUUCAUUCAAAUAGUUAUCAGCCUUGUCUGACAACUGUGAUUCUACCUGCAUUAUUUUCUGUUUACCAUGAUUAUAUCCUUAGUACCAUUAUACUGACCAUAUAUCUAGCAUACUUUUUCAGAUGUGAUCCCACUUUUUUUUACAAGAUAAUAAAAGCAACGUUUUUUGAUGAUCACAGCAUCUUAUUUGGAGUAAACUCAGGUAAAGUAACACAUACGAGUAGUUUAGGCCAACGUGUACAUUGUCAAAAAGCAAUGGGGUGAAGUAGUGCACCAUGUGAAGUAAAACGAGUGAAUUUGAUUGGUCAAGAUAAUUGCACCAUUUCCACAGGCAGUGGUGGUUAUUUCUUCCUUAACAAUCUCCGCUUGGAAUAAUUCGCUGGGGGGCUUUUUUCUGAGCUGUAUAUAAAAAAAAAAAAAAAAUAAGAAUAAAAUUUUUUCUUCACCUGAACAAUCAAGUACUUCCUUCUUCUCUUUCUUUCUAACAAAAUCAACCAUGUCCAACCACGGCGAAACCUUCUUGUUCACCUCUGAGUCUGUCGGUGAAG